AUGUCUUCCCUCCCCACAAAUAUCCACAUCUCCACCCACCCAUGCCUCCAAGCCAAGCUCUCGCAGCUCCGCUCGGCAAGCACUAGUCCCCGCGAAACAAGAGCGCUUGUCCAUGAGAUCGCAUCAAUCAUCGGUGUCGAGGCAUUUGCAACAGGUCUUAAAGUCUCAACAACAGGCACAGACCGCACCCCGCUUGGCGCGGAGUAUGAGACAAAGGGAAUCAACCCCGCGGAUCUAGCUCUGGUACCAAUUCUACGAUCUGGUCUGGGCAUGGUCGAAGCCCUUAACGCCCUCCUCCCAACUGCUGUCCCAAUCUACCAUCUGGGUCUCUUCCGAGAGAAAAUUACUCUCCAACCAGUAGAAUACUAUAACAACCUUCCCUUCCAUAGAACAGAUCUCUCGCCUGCUAGCCCGGCACUCCUCUCACCGACGGCAGAAACGACAAACUCCGCUGCUGCAACCCUCGCUGUUCUCCUGGACCCUAUUAUCGCCACAGGUGCAACCGCUGAAGCAGCAAUCCAGCUUCUACGAGAAUGGGGCGUUGAGAAAGUGAUUAUGUUAAGUGUUCUUGCGUCGGAGGAGGGUGUGAAGAGGGCAGCGGGUGUUUGGGAGGAGGGUGUUGAGGUUUGGGUUGGGGCUGUGGAUGAGAAUGUUAAUGACAAAGGAAUGAUUGUUCCUGGUGUUGGAGACAUUGGGGACAGACUUUUUGUUGCUAUUGGGAAGUAG